AUGUCAAAGGAGAAAGCACCUCACUAUUACCCACCAAAUAAGAGAAAAGAAUUCAAGGAUCAUUUGUCGAAAUCAAGUAUCAAGUUCAAUCAGUAGCCUUUACCUCAUGAAAUCUAAAAGGCUACAGAUAUUAUGUAUUUUCAUGCAGGCAAAUUCUCUGGCAGUGGAAAUUUCGUUAGCACAACACAUAAAGCCUUCUAAAAUAACUAGAAAUUUGUAGUAAAUCGGGAUAUGAUCGACUAGCAAAAGAAUGUAAAAAAGAAUGCCAAUAUAGUUUAGCAAUUGAGCAAGCGUCCCUCUUCAUAGUAAAAUAUCAUAGUCGGUACUGCAAGAUAAUAGGGUUGGUGGGAAGAGCAGCACUCUUAAUCAAAGACAUUUCUAAACAUAUACAAGCAAAACCCAUCGACAAUGUCGACCUAGAACUUUAAACUCUCUAAGCAAAACUAAAAUAUCUUAAGUCAGAACAAAGAGCUAAAGAUCCAAAGUAAACUUCUCUAGAGAGUGCUAAAAAAGACUAAUUUCAGAGUUGGAAGCCACUAGGUUGACUUCAAGACAGUUAAGCAAGCUCAUUAAGAUGAUUAAACUGAGUUAAAAUUUAAGGAGUACAUUGCAGAGGUAGACCCCAAGUGUAACAAGAAAAAUGUCAGCAAAGUUGUGUUCGAUGCGAGAAUAACAAUGAGCUAAAAACUGCAGGAGAGAUCUGCAUAGAAAUAUAAUAGUUUACCGAGAUAGGGCAAUUAAUAGAAGCAACUUAUUGAAAUAUAUUAACCUGAUAACUUACCAGGCACUUCUAAUGAUAAGAAAUAGGAGAUUCUUAAUAAGGUAUACACAGAUAAAGCUGCUAAAUCAUCUGGCAAUAGAAAUCAAGCAUUAUAGCAACACUAAUUUGAAAGGAGUGGCAAGAGAUUGUUCGAUAAGCAGCCAACUAAUAUUCCAUUAAGCUAAAAGCAAAGCUUUAUCGUGUAUAAUCCAGACUUAGAGAGGCCAAAAACCGCCUCAAAUCAAAAUACCUUGAUGUUUGUGCCAGCUGGAAGAAUAAAAUAAAAUCCUCAAUCAGUACUAGAUACCAGAUAUGAAUAGAUUUAAGAGGAGAUAGAGUUAGCUUAGAAAUUAAAAUCCUAAAAUUUCCACAUCACAGGACCACGUAGAGAUAGGCCUUACACAGCACUAGAGAUGAAUGAGAAGAGAGGGCAGACUGUGUCGAAUGAGAGACCGUCAACCUAAAAUCAUUAUAGAACGUCUUUUUAAGAAUCCUUCUUUAAUAGAAAAAUCUAAGAUUACUAGAACCCAGAUGCCAUUGAGAUUAAGAAUUCCAUGAAAAUCUAAAAUGUUUAGCCGCUUAUUAACAGAACAGCUAGAUCUCUAAGUGGUGUAAAGGAUUACUAUCAAAAGGACGUUUAGACUCAUGAAAGAGAUAAUCAGGUGCACGACCCCUAGGAGCAGACAAACUAUGAUAACAUUAAUUUCAAGAAUCAUUUGCCGUUUAAAGAAGAAUUGCGGUAUCAAAACACCAGAUUUAAGACAUAAUAUAACUAGUUUCAUAAGAACGGCUAAAGUAAAGAAAGACUACUAGAAACAUACGAUAAAAACAAUACACUUAAUAAAUUAUAUUCAGAAAGAGAGCUUGCCGAAAAUCAUAACUUAGGCAUAUAGACUAAGGAAGAAUUACUGAAUACUUUGAAUACUGAGCAUUAAGUUGGGCUAAGGAGGACCCAAGCUCAUUAAAUGCAGAUAGAGGAUGAAUAUAAAAGAGGGUUAUCAGCCAUGCAGUUAAGACCUGAGUUUAAGGAGCUAAUAAACAGGUAGAACUGCACCUACAAGCAGGCUAUUAUUAGUGGAGGAGAUGUUUUCCUUGACGAUAAAAAGCUAGCCUUUGAACAAGGCAAAACGGCAAGACAAAUAGAAAGUAAUCAACAAAUAGACAAUAAUGCGAUGGGUUUGGAAUAUAAUGUCGUUGAUCACAAGCUAAGACAGACACUUUCUGCUCAGGACUUUAAAGGUCUCAAUUUCAAAGACUAGAUGAUCAAUCAUAGAGUUACUAAUUUCAUGGUUGGAUCACAUAUAAAUAUUUAAACAGAUUACCCCUAAGUCAAAGCAUAGCUUAUUAAGAAUCCAACUCAGGUUAAUCUUCAAUUGGAUCAAAGGCCCUAAUCAUAACUUAUAACUUAGACCGAUUAGAGAUAUCUUUUGAGACCUUAAACCGCCUAGAUAGUUAAUAGAUAAAUUACUUUAUCUAGUGCAGCUGCAGACAAAAUAAAGAUGUAGCACAAAUCUAGCAAGGUGGUAAUGGGGAAUGACAGAGAAGCUCAUAAAGUAAAAACAGAUUAUAGAAAUAACUUCGUUUGGACUAUUCCUAAGUUUGCGAUGUGA